AUUUUGACAUGGCUAUGACUAAUGCUGAAAGAAUGAAAAAGUACCGAGAGAAAAUUAAAAAAGAUAAAGCUAAAUAUGAAGCAGUGAAGGCAAAAGCUCGUAUUCGUAAUAAUUCAAUAAAAACAAAACUAACAGAGGCAAGUUUAGUUGAAUAUCGUACCAAAAGCAAAAUUCGUCAACAAAAAUAUCGAGAAAAUAAAAGAAAACGUUUAAUUAAUAAACCUCCUCCAAGUUCAUUCAAAAGUCGUCAAUCAUUUGGUAAGUCAUUAAAAAAAGUAAAUUCUUCACUUCCAAAAUGUGAUAAAAAAAAAAAAGUUAUCAUUCAGCACCUUGCUGAAACGUUUGGUUUGAUUCCUAAAUCUAAACAUCAACGUACUACAAUUCAACUUGCUGACAAACUAAAAAAUGACGUUCAUAAUUUCUAUUUACGAGACGAUAUUUCAUAUCAAUUACCAGGUAAAAGGGACACAGUUGUUAUUAAAGAGGAUGAUCGAAGUAAAGUAACUUAUCAGAAACGAAUUUUGUUUAAUAAUUUACGUGAAACUUAUGAAUUAUUUAAAGAAGAGAAUGACAACGUUUAUCUAAGUCGUUCCUCAUUUGCUGAAUUAAGACCUCCGUUUGUCAUUCCAAAAGCUGCUUUAACACAUAGGAAUUGCUUGUAUGUAACACACGAUAAAUUUGUUGUUGAUUCUGCUUUGAAAAUCAUUUUAAAUCAUAUCGAAACAGUUCUUCCAAAUGUUGAAGAAAUAAAUUGUUUUUCGGAUGGUGCUGCUUCUCAGUUUAAACAACGUUUUCAUUUUCGAAAUUUAACACGAAUUGCUGAUGAACGUAAAAUAAAUUUGAGUUGGCAUUUUUUCGCAACUUCUCAUGGAAAGGGUGUAGUCGAUGGUAUUGGGGGUAUUGUAAAACGUCUUGUGUGGUCAGCUAUAUUGGCAGGAGGAGUGUGUCGAUCAGCCGAAGAUUUUAUUAAGCUUGCAAAGAAAAAAACUAAGAAAAUAAUUCUGAUUGAAAUCACGAGAAGUGAUAUUGAUAGCUCGAAAACUAAGCUUGAAAAUCUUUUCAAAACGGCAAAAUCUAUACCAGAAACAUUAAAAAUGCAUUCAGUUAAAGUAGUUGAUGAAAAUGAAUUAGAAUUUCGAUAUUAUUCUACGUGUUCUGAAAAAAAAACUAUAACAUAUUGA